GGCAAAAAAGAUGAACAGCAGUGGUUGGAUGACGAUGAUAAAAGUGAUGUAUGUUCUUAAAAAUGCUUUUGAAAUUUGGGCCCAAAAACCCGCAAUAUUAUAUAAAAACAGUAUUAUAUAAAAACAAUAUUAUAUAAAAACAAAGGGCCAAUGUAACGUGCUGGACUUUGGACCAGUGAACCUGUUGCAUGAUUAGGAUGGUGGGGUGGGGAGGGGAGAUGCAAGUGGUCCACAACCACCAAACAAACUGAAAAAUUUUUCUCUUCAAAAUUUUGACUGAUCUGGUUGACAAACGUGGUGUAGGAGAUCACAGAACAAGGUGAAAAUGCAGGAUAAAAUCUAUUUUUCUAUGGCUAUUAACAUAUAUUUUUUGUUGUUCAGAGUGGAAGUGAGGAAGAAGUUGAUCAUGAAGAUUUGUUGAAGAAAAUCAAAUCUCUUGACAAGAAAGAAAUUUCUAAGAGGUUUGUUGGUGAAUUAAGUAAAUUUGUUGUCGAAAGCAAACCGACGAUUUAUGAACCGGAUCUCAUAUAUUUUAGGCGUAAAGGACCGCUGCGAUCUGAAUUAAACCAAAAUGUUUCCGAGUUUCAUUUGAAGUCAGAAGGUUUGUUCAACAUGCUGCUUUACUUCCAGUAUAUUAUGCCACAAUUACUUCACUUCCUGCCGCUAGAAAGAAUUGUUUGUAAAUAAUUUUAUUUUGUUACAGGUGAUGAUGGUCGUGUCAACCUUGGUGAUCUUGUUGGCUCACUACAAACAUCAAGUUACCACAGUAAACUCAAGAAAUCACUGGUACUCCAUGACUUCACAAAAGAUGCUUAGUUUUAUUCAGUCAAGUCCAUAUUACAAUCAUAUCCACUCACAGUAAAACUAUUUUUUUCUUUUGUAGGAAAGCUUACAGAAGAUGGGGCAUACUGUGGAAGUUCCCUUGGCAAAACCUGCAGCUGAGCGGGUAUGAUUCACUAAUUUAUAGUUAUGGAUAGUUUGAUCAGUUUCAAAAUGUUACUUCCUAAAGCCUGGUUAAUUACACUAUUAAAGUUUCUGUGAUUACAGUAGGAACUUUGCAUAGGUUUAUUUUGAGGUUUGGAGGAAACUGAUUCAUUGUUUAACAGUAAUUCAGUUUGCUCAAAUAUUUCUUACAAAUCCUUCAAAACAUAUAAUUUGCCGAAAACAUUUGUACUGAGAUCACAGAAACGUUGUUAAUGUAAAUUAGUGAAAACCAUGAUGUUUAAUAUUUACCAGGAAAGUACCAUUAAUGGUAAAUAUUAAAUUAAACAUGGAUUUUUACCAAUUUACCAUAUGGGAAAUCUAUAACUCUUACGGCUUACCAUUAAUAUUGGUUAUAGAGUUUUUACAGUGAUAAUAUACAUGGUAAAUUUUUAAAAACCAUUCAAACCCAUUAAUGGAAUUUUUUCCUGUGCAUGUGUCACCAACACUACAUAUAUACCAAUUUAUAUGAUCAAUAUUGAAAAAGCUAGUUUUAUUCACCAAAAGCUAGUUUACGUGCAGCAAGUUUAACUUGAUAAAAUGUUAAUCAUAGAUUCAAAGAGUUGUUGCUUAUGAAGAAACUUCAAAAGACAUUGGCAAGUGGGAUGCAACAGUUCAGAAAAACAGACGUGUAAGUAGGAUAAUGUUUCUCUCACAAGCAAAACGUUGAAGAAACCAAACUUUCAUGCAUUUCUCAUUGUAGGCCGAGCAGUUGUCAUUCCCACUAGAUGCCUAUAAACCUGCAGAAAUGUCCACUACGACAUUGGCAACAACUUUCAAG